CUGAUUUAACCUAAUUUUUUUUUAAUUCAAUCUACCUCUCUUUGAUUGUUUAAUUUUUAACAACAAAAAAUUCAUGCAGUUUGGAAAUCGAAGACACCUACAAUAAAGUAAAUUUAAGAUGGCCGCUGCUCCUGGAUCUGCUAUGGACUCUUUGAGUGCUGCGUUGAAAUGCAACAUAAUACCCAAUCAAGAAUAUCUCCUCCAGGGUUCAGUUUUAGACCAAUAUGUUGAAAUACUGCUGCAUAGGCUACGAGGACUUUGUGAUAACGUUGACAGUGGUCCUGAAUCCUUUCACGAUCAUGAGUUGAGUUUCACACUGAGGGCACAGGGAACAGGCUCUGCACCUAUGGUAUUGCCUUUGCGUGUCAGAAGAGCCUUAGAUUUACCAGAUUCGCCGUGGCAACUUCGAUAUGUAGGACAACAGGAACUUGGUGAUAAAAACAGGCCCACUAUAGUUCGAUCUAGCAUCGAUAUGGCUUGCAGCUCCUCCGUUGUUGAGUUUUUAACUGAACUAGGAUGUCGUAUGGAUUUUGAAUAUAUUGCUAGAGGUUAUAUGUUCCGAAAAGGACGAAUGAAAAUAACUGUUUCAAAGAUAUUCAAAAUGGGUAAUAUGAAUAGUAAACCCGGUGAAGGAGUUGAACCUAUCUCUCAAAGUUAUUUAGUGGAAUUGUCUGUUUUGGCACCAACUGGCCAGGAUGCUAUCGCUGAAGACAUGAGGGUAUUCGCAGAACAACUUAAACCUUUAGUGCAGCUGGAGAAGAUUGAUUAUAAGAGGCUCGGGACCAUGCCAUAACUUGAAUCUUAUUUUAUUGAUUUUGAUGUAUUGUAAAAUCACAACUAUCAACAUCUCUAUUUUUUCUCAUAUUUCUCUUUUCAAUUAGCAUGACAAACGUUCAAAGGACUAGGGUUGUAUAUUACAAGAUACUAUUAAAACUAAGUGGAAGUAACUAGGGCCUAAGCUGAGAUUAUGAUUUCUGAUCAUUAAUGUAGAAAUAAGACUGAAUACUUUUUAUAUGUUGUUUGUAGUGUUAUUUUGGCCAUAUGUUGUGUAUGAUGAAAUAAUAAAUUUUGAAGUACCAAUAUAUUA